AUGACUUCUUUUCCCGAAAAAGAUAAGUGUCCAAAAGUGUGCACUGAUAUCGGUGCUUUUAAAAAAGCAGCCAAAUCUCCAGAGCAAGCUAAAGAAGAAAUAAAAGCUUUAGAGGAAAGUAAAACGAAAGAGCUCGAAACAGCUGACAUCCAUAGCCAUGUAGCCGAAGAACAAGAACCUAGUUCACGUCCUGUUACUACAGAAGAGUAUCUUCCUAAUCUUAAACCUGGUCCUGAUGGCAAAGUUGAUUGGACACCUCUCGGGAAAAUGACUGGAACUAGACCGGCAGUUAAUAAGUACAGCAUUAGUCGAUACUCUCUGAACGAAUGGAGAAAACACAAUGAAAAUGUUCUCGAUCCUGAAAUUAUAACUGAAUCAAAUAUUGUAGAGUACAACGCUAAAACAUCUAUGAUGCAGGCAUUUGGUAACAUCGAUAAACAACAAAAUGAAAACUUCAAGAGAUUACGACAGAAGGCAAAAGAUAUAUUUAGAUGGAAAGUUGAAGUUGAACGAGCUUGCAAAGCGAUUACCGAAGAAGUCGAACUUCUGGAAAUAGAACGACAACGUUUAAAAGGCGCUUCUAGAGUACUUAUGUUACCAGAAUCAAUAUCAAAAGAAUGUUUAGAUCUUCGUUCAAAUAGAUUUCAGCCGGACCUAGUAGCAGACUUGGCAGAGCAAGAACUUAUCAAGGAAAUGAACCUGGUUAGUGAAGUUCGUUCAACAUUAAAGAACACUCUCAAUCAAAUCGAAGAGCAAAUGGCUAUUAACAAGGCAGCAAAACAUAGAAUAGAAUACGAUUGGUGCGAUAAAACUAUGGCUUACAACACGGAGAGUAUUAACUUAAGUCUUAACACUAAAUCUAACACAAUUAUGUUCAAACCAGGAUCGACACGUUUUGGUGAGAAUACAGCACCCUUAGAAUACUGGGAAUAUUUUUGUAGAGAGACAGUACAAAAUUGCGAAGCAGCUCGACAGAAAUCAGCUGACUUGCGGGGAAGCCUCAAUGCUAUUUUAGUGAGUGGAGGUCGAAAGUUACGGAAUCAAGCCGACCGAACCGACAUAGCAUUGGCAGAAACGGUCGCAAUAACUCAAGAGCUCUGCACCAAGUUGGAACAGACACUUCGCGAUACUCUACAGAGAAUAGCAGAUAUGGAAUCCUUGAUAGCCAAUUUACAGGAUUCUAUUAGGAAAAUGGACGCCGCUAUGAAAUUAGCUCAAACUAGACUCGAUAAUAGAAACAAUUGGAGGCCUCAUGGUGAGAGCGUUCGAGACCAACCUCACUUAGGUUUGAUUGAGGAAGUGAAAAAGAUUCAUGAAACUGUAACAUCUUUACUCGGUCAACUAAACAAUGCAGAGAGAGUGAGACAGGAUCUCUUAGAGAAGAGAAUCGUUUUAGAAAGAGAUAUAGCGUCUAAGAGGAAAACUUUAAACAUUGAUCGAGACAGAUGUGGUAUGGUGCGCUCUCAUUAUCCAUCUGCUUCUGAAUUAGCUGGUUACUAAACCAAUUUCAUUUUAACGAUAUUAUUAUCACAAGUACUAUUUGUUCCCAAAUUUGCUUUAAUGAACUUAUAUUAUUAUAAUAAAUUUGUCACACUACAAA